GUGAGAUUCGUAUCCCUUGCAGUUUUCGCGGUUUUAGCCGCGCAUGCGCAGUUCGUCCUUUACGCCAUAGGCUAUAAGCAUAGUAUAAUGCAGGCAUGGAGUUUAUACACAGCAUGUAAGUCGUAGAAAACGCCCAGUCUAUUCUUGCUACGUCUAUGGCGAGAGCGCGCUGCACACGAGAGAGCGGUAAGAUUCGUUCGAGCGCUUCAACAAUUCGUUAGUUUUAUUUUUCCCGUCGAAAUCGUCGCCCGUCAAAAGAAGCGGAUCCUGGCGCCUGUCACGCGGACAAGAGAAACGGAAAAUUUCAUUUCCACAGCAAUGCGUGACUUAAUAUUGACAAGAUCGCACGCAGGACGUAACGGGUGAAGCCGGAGCAUCCUUCACGAGACCGAACGGCCGAUCGCGCCGUCCCGGUGACGUCCGCGAUCGCUCCGUCGGCGCCGCUGACGGCGAUCGUGUCGAGCGCCGAGUGUCCGGCAACGAGCGGCGACGUCUCGCCUCUGUGGUCAUAUGGUCGUCAGUGGCUUCGUCACGUACACCCCAUCUCAUAUCAACCACCUGCGAAGGGGGAUUUAACCAUCAUUAUCUUACCAGUAAAAGUCGAGCUCGUGAAUAUCCGCACAAUUUUUGAGCUGACAGGCGAUCUUCUAAUGGGCUGUUUAUAGUAUUCACCAAGGAUCUCUCACAACGAUCAAAAUGGCUCCCGAUCCAGUAACACAGAUGAACACAUAUCGUUCAUAUGUGACCAUGCUGGCUGAUCCAGGUGCGAAAGACGAAUUGAAACUGAAGGCAGCUCAAGAAUUAUCAGAAAAUUUCGAGAUUAUUAUGUGUUCGUCACAAUAUCCGGCAUUUCUCGAUCAUAUGAUGAAGAUCUUUGUGAAGAUAUUGCAAGAAGGAGAGCCUCACUUCAUAUCGGAAUACAAUAUUCAGCAAGUUAGAAAACUAAUUCUAGAAAUGAUACACAGAUUACCAUGCAAUGAUUACUUGCGCCCAUAUGUCAGGCAAAUCCUGGGUCUUAUAUUUAAGCUACUAGAGACGGACAAUGAAGAAAAUGUGUUGGUGUGUUUACGCAUCAUAAUCGACCUUCAUAAGCAAUAUAAACCGACGUUCAAUCCUGAAAAAUAUUUACAGAUUCAAUAUUUCCUUCAAUUUGUCAAAUCGGUGUAUAGCGAAUUACCAAAAAGUUUGUCAAAAAUAUUUGAACCACGUCCGCCUCUACGUGUGAAAGAUCUAUCAGAAAUCAACAUAGAAGCUCUGUUGAAGGAAACGUUUACAAUCACAGCAAUACAAAGCGAAAAGAAAGCUGCCGAUGGUACUGUUGUGACGUACAAUUUGAUUCCAAGAGCAGUGCUUUCCCUCAAAGUACUUCAAGAAUUACCAAUAAUUGUGGUUUUAUUAAAUCAAUUAUACAAACAGAAUGUACACCAAGAUGUAUCUGAUUUUGUUCCAAUUGUGAUAACGACCAUAUCGCUUCAACCUAGUCUGCAGCAUCGAACUUCACCUGGAUUUAAUAAGGAGGUCUUCGUUGAUUUUAUGGGCGCGCAAAUUAAAACGCUAUCCUUCCUUGCAUAUGUCAUAAGAUUAUAUCAAGAUUUAAUAUCUCAAAACAGUACGAUGUUGGUUAAAGGUAUAUUGGGCCUGUUUACUCUUUGCCCAAUGGAAGUGGCUCACUUGCGGAAGGAACUAGUUAUAGCUUCACGUCACAUACUUGCUACGGAUCUACGAAAUCAUUUUAUUCCACAUAUGGAGAUCUUCUUUAACGAGGAUAUCUUUAUCGGCCACGGUUGGACUGCCCACGAAGCUUUGAGACCUCUAGCUUACUCCACGCUCGCCGAUUUAGUUCAUCAUGUUAGGCUUCAGUUGCCUCUCAGCGAUGUGUCCAAGGCGGUACACUUAUAUGGCAAGAAUUUACUUGAUCAAACUUUACCCACAGCCGUUCAGAUGGUCUCUUGUAAAUUACUAAUGAACCUAGUUGACACAGUUAGGCAAAGAUCUGAUGCCGAAAACAGCACUCAAGGACGCGAGUUAUUGAUACGUAUACUAUUGGUGUUUGUUCUGAAAUUUAAAACCAUCGCUAAAAUCUAUAUUCCAAUUCUGCGAAACAAAACGAAACAGUUACGGCCCGCUGUAGUGGACAAUACGGCUGAAGAUACGAAGCCGUGUAUCGACGUGAACGAGGAAAAAGAGCUACCAAAAUCGAAAUUCGGCUUCCCGACGUCGCAGGCGAUGAGUUACAACGUGGCGGAUUAUAGAAAUUUAGUAAAAAGUUUGGUACAUGGAGCCAAAGCGAUCACUUCUAACUGCAUUAACAGUAGAACCAACGAGGUAACCCAGUCCAAUCAACUUCAGCCAAAAGAGACCUUGAUUUACAUUCAGCUUGUUAAAUGGGCUUUACCAGCCCUAGAUAUUUAUACAAUAGGACCACCAUCAAUCGGCGUAUCUGCACAACCAGGGAGACCAGUGCAGUCUCAAACUAUACGGACGCGAGAAGAAAAGGAGGUGUUGGAUCUCUUUGGCAACGUAUUCACGCAAAUGAACCCUCAGACGUUCCAAGAGAUCUUCUCUGUGUCCAUAGACUACAUGGUCGAGAGAAUAUUCAAAAACUGCGCCUUGCAAAUAAUCGGAAGCUCGUUCUUGUCAAGCCACACAGUUUCCUCGACAUUCGCGACCAUACUGGUGGAAUAUCUGCUUGAGCGAAUGAGCGAGAUGGGAUCGAACGUAGAGCGCAGUAAUCUAUAUCUGAAAUUAUUUAAACUGGUCUUCGGCAGCGUAUCGCUCUUUCCAGCUGAAAACGAACACAUGCUGCGGCCGCAUUUGAAUCUUAUUGUAAACCGAGCCAUGGAGUUGGCUAUGUCAGCAAAGGAACCGUACAACUAUUUUCUGCUGCUGCGUGCAUUGUUCCGAUCCAUAGGUGGUGGCUCUCACGAUUUAUUAUAUCAAGAAUUUUUACCUCUGCUUCCUAAUAUGCUGGAGGGACUGAACAGACUACAAUCUGGUUUACACAGGCAACAUAUGAAAGAUCUCUUUGUCGAAUUAUGCUUGACUGUGCCCGUGCGUCUCAGUUCUCUCUUACCGUAUCUUCCGAUGCUAAUGGAUCCCUUGGUUUCCGCUCUGAACGGAAGUUACUGUCUAGUAAGCCAGGGUCUACGUACUCUAGAGUUAUGUGUUGAUAAUCUUCAACCUGAUUUUUUGUAUGAGCAUAUACAACCAAUUCGGGCCGAAUUAAUGCAAGCACUCUGGAGAACGUUGCAUAAUUCUAAUGAUCAAGCACACGUUGCCUUCCGAGUCCUCGGCAAGUUUGGUGGUGGAAAUCGUAGAAUGAUGAUCGAACCGCAAAAACUUGAAUAUGACGAUCGAGAAACAAAUUCUCCUAAUGUAGUGGUUUACUUCCAAGGAUUGUCACAACCGAUCGAUUUUCCAAUGGAAAAGGUGAUCGAGGCUGCGUUUAAUGCGUUGAAGUCUAACACGACAGACGUGUUCUACCGCAAGCAAUGUUGGGAAAUCAUAUAUUGUUAUUUGGCGGCGUCCUUAAGAAUGGACGACGACGCUCACCUGUGGUACGAUCUGUUUACGCAUCCGAAUUUCAAAGAGGGCGAGAUACCGCCUCAACAAGGACCAUACUAUAGGUGCCCUGAUGCUGUAGCGCGAAACGUUCAGCAAACAGCAUUAACCAGCAUGUUUGUCGCAGCGGAGAUCAAAGAAUUGAGGCCGUCGGUGCUCAAUACUGUCGUUUCCGUCGUGAGACAUUACACGAUGAUUGCUAUAGCGCAACAGGCUGGUCUCUUCAGCUGGACGGAACGGGAAGUCCGCAAGGAUAUGCAAGGUCAAGACCCACUUGUGCUGAUUGACGCUCUUGCCGUCAUAAUGGGUCACGACGAGAGAGAACUGUAUAAAGCUGGGUACUUGGCACUCGUACUGAUACUAGAAACUGCGACGAACAUUCUGGGUUCUAAGGAGCGGGCAUGCCAAUUGCCCUUUAUGGAGUACUUAGCAGAGAGAAUGUGUUCGCUGUGUUACGAGCGAGCGUGGUACGCCAAACUGGGUGGUUGUAUAGCGAUAAAGUUUCUGUUCGAACGAAUGGCUACCAAAUGGGUCCUCAAUCAUCUGUUCGUAUUCCUGAAGGCUCUCAUAUUCGUGAUGAUGGAUCUAACCGACGAAGUGUCUAACGGUGCUAUCGACAUGGCGAAAGAAAAUCUAGAAAAAAUGCUGAGAGUUUGCGUGGAUCCUGGUAUUCAAGAAGAUAACGCGGAAUUGAUAGAGGCACAAAACAAGAGCCUGUACGAGGUCACCCGUGAGCUGGUCAAGCAGGUGACGUCACCGCAUACGAUUGUGCGUGAACAGGCUAUGGCCUCGUUACGUCAACUUGCCGAAAUACAAAACAAAUCGGUGACGGAGGUCAUGGAACCGCAUAAGGAGGUUUUGGCAGACAUGAUUCCGCCCAAAAAGCAUCUUUUGCGGCAUCAACCGACUAACGCACAGAUUGGCUUAAUGGACGGUAAUACAUUCUGCACUACCUUGAAUCCGCGUCUCUUCACCAUCGAUUUGAGUAUCAUGGAGCACAAGGUGUUCUUUCAAGAGGUGUUGGGUCUCUGUGAAGCAGACGAGGCUACUCUCAAUAAGUUGGCUUGCUAUAAAUCAAUUUCGAAUCUAAUGCCGCUAAGAAAGUCGGCAUUACGAGCACUAGCAGCCUGCCAUUACAUCGAGAAUUGCCGGAACAAAAUACUCGGAGUUCUAUACAAAGCUUUGGAAAAGCCCCAUGCUGAGCUGCAGGAGACGGCAUUUGAGUGUAUGAAAACAUUCAUCGCUGGAUUCCAGCUCGACAUGGAGUCUGUUCAUACAAUGAUGCGACCUAUGUUGUUGACGCUUGGUGAUCAUCGAAACCUGAGUCUAGAUUGUGUCAGAAGGCUGUCAUAUCUAACGCAGCUCUUCCCAAGCACGUUCAGUGUCACUCUAUGCGAGCAAAUGCUGCAACAUGUAAAAAAGUUUUUGGAGAACUUAAUUCAAUCCCACAAAGGUAUAUCGAAGUCCGGUGAGAACGAGCAAAAGAUCACUAUUAUUAUAGGAAUAUAUCACAACAUCCCAGCGUCUUUACCCAAGUUCAAUGACGCGCUCUGUAGACUCAUCCUGCAAACUGAAAAAUCAUUGCUGGUUGAAGUCUCCAGUCCUUUCAGAGAGCCUUUGAUGAAAUGUCUUCUGCGUUAUCCGACGGAUGCCCUUAAUCUGUUUUUACAUGACAAUAAUAUCAAGGAUCAACAGUGGAGCAGAUAUCUGGAGUAUCUUAUUAGCCACAAAGACGGCAAGCCGUUUCGUGAUAUAUUACACAACAGCACGGCGCGGCUUGUCACUAUGCUGCUUGCUCACUCACAAACGAAUUCUAAUUUGACUCGUACGGAGAAGAGCGAAGUGCAGUAUCGAGCGAUCAAGAUCAUCGGUAUACUCAUCAAGUACGACGAACAAUGGUUAUCCACUCAAAGCCAGUUGGUAGGCGCGUUAAAGCAAAUCUGGUACAAUGAUGAGUAUCAGGCGUUGCACAAGAAGGUCGAGGGUAUCGAGUACUGCCAUUGGAAGGAGCCAAAGCACAUUGUCAAGAUUUUGCUGCAUUAUUUCCGUCAUCAACCGAACGAUAUCGAUCUGCUGUUUCAAUUGCUCCGGGCUACGUGCGACCGGUUUGUGUUAGAUUUUCAAUUCCUGAGGGAUUUCUUAGAGAACACAGUGGCCCAGGAAUACACAGUCGAAUGGAAGCGAAGUGCUUUCUUCCGCUUUGUCGAACAUUUUCCCACGAACAACAUGUCACAGGAGCUGAAGGCCAACGUUCUGCAGCUGAUCAUCAUACCGUGUUUUGCGGUAAGCUUUGAACGGGGCGAAGGUACCAAAUUGGUCGGGGGUGCACCCAUGCCUUAUCACGAUCACCCGGAGAAUGUUGUAUCAGUAUUCAUCGGUAAGAUAAUUGAUCCAGACAAUCCGUUUGGCUCCGCCGACUGUGUCCGCAUCUCCUUGUUGCAAUUCUCCUGUCUCCUAGUGGAACAGGCCUCGCAACAUAUUCACGAUGUGACUAACAAGAGACAAGGGAACAAGCUGCGCCGUUUGAUGACGUUUGCCUGGCCUUGCCUACUAGGAAAGAAUUGUGUAGAUCCAACGACUAGAUAUCAUGGUCAUCUUCUUUUGAGCCAUGUAAUAGCCAAAUUUGCUAUUCAUAAACGUAUAGUGUUGCAAGUAUUUCAUAGCUUAUUGAAGGCGCAUGCUGUAGACGCUCGUAAUGUUGUACGACAAGCAUUAGAAAUAUUAACUCCUGCAAUACCUAUACGAAUGGAAGAUGGCAAUACUAUGCUCACACAUUGGACAAAAAAGAUUAUUGUGGAAGAAGGUCAUUCUAUGCAACAAUUGUCUCAUAUUUUGCAACUGGUUGUGAGGCACUAUAAAGUCUACUAUCCAGUCAGGCAUUAUUUGGUUCAGCAUAUAGUAAACUCGAUUCAACGUAUAGGAUGCACCCCUACUGCCACAAUAGAACAUCGGCGAUUAGCUGUUGAAUUAGCAGAGGUGAUCGUUAAGUGGGAGCUGUACAGGAUCAAGGAGGAAUUCGAGGUUGCAGAAUCCAGCAAGGCAAUGCAACCAUCGAGUAUAAUGCUUAAACGCUCGAUCGCCGAGGAUCCGUCUGGUAAACGUAUGACCUUACAAGCAACGCCGUCCAGUAACAGUCCUGUACCUCUUAUUCUACCCAGAAUGGAGCCGGGAUCAGCGAAACCCAUUGAGAGAGCUCACGCCGACGCUGUUUUAAAUUUUCUGCUACGUCUGGCAUGUCAAGUAAACGACGUAACGACUAUUCAUGGUAAUCCUGGUGAGCAGUUAUCCAGACGCUGCGUCUCUCUAUUGAAAAUGGCACUAAAACCCGAUGUAUGGGUCGCUGAGCAGUGCGAUCUAAAACUAGCCUGGCUUGACAAGGUUCUCGCUAGCGUGGACAGCGCCCAGCCCAACUACGGUAAUAUCAGCACGGCACUGGAAGUACUAACGUUUUUGUUGGGCGUGAUGAAGCGUGAGCAAGUACUUGUCUGCUUUAAACCACUGCAACGCGGAAUAAGUGCCUGCAUCACCAGUAGCAAUACUAAAAUUAUACGUUUGGUACACGUCUUGCUGUCACGCUUGAUGACGAUUUUCCCAGCUGAACAGGCUUCUCCCAAUAUCGCGCCCAAGUACGAGGAACUGGACACAUUGUACACUACCGUAGGCAGAUUUAUAGGCGAAGGACUGACCACUUAUGAAAAGACCACCACGGCUAUGCCGAGCUCACUUUUUGGCACUCUCAUGAUGCUUAAAGCGGCCUGUACAAACAAUCCCAGUUAUAUUGACCGGCUGAUAACUCCAUUCAUGAGGGUGUUACACAAAAUGGCGAAAGAACAUUUGCACUCGACCCCAACCGAGACCAGCCCUAUCACGAGCGAGCUGUUGAUUCUCAGUUUGGAUCUGGUGAAGAAUCGCGUGGCAGUAAUGGGUGUCGAUAUGCGUAAGUCAUUUAUAGGCACAAUCUUGGUCGGCCUGAUCGAGAAGACGCAAGAUGUCAAAGUGAUGAAGGCCAUCACAAAGAUACUGGAGGAGUGGAUGAAAAAUAAGACCACCAUUGCGAUGAAUCAGACGCCCAGUUUGCGCGAAAAAUCCAUCCUACUGGUGAAGAUGAUGCAGUACGUCGAGAAACGUUUCCCCGACGAUCUGGAGUUGAACAAGCAAUUCUUGGAGCUGGUAAAUUACGUUUACCGCGAUGAAAGCCUGAAGAUAACGGAAUUAACUUGCAAGCUGGAGCAGGCUUUCCUGGCUGGUCUGCGUUGUGUACAGCCGCAAGUAAGAGCAAAGUUUUUCGAGGUAUUUGACAAUUCAAUGAAGAGGCGUUUGGUCGAUCGUAUUUUGUACAUUCUCGUUAGUCAGAACUGGGAGCACAUAGGAUCCCACUAUUGGAUCAAGCAGUGCAUCGAGUUACUGCUGGCAACCGUCAAUCCGACUACUUUGGUACAAAUGACAAAUGAAGAUCUCUUGUUGCCCAGCAUCACAUCUGUUACGCAUGGGGGCAUGGAUAAGGAGAACAAGGAUCAAACACACUUUGUCUGCCGUCUUGGACACACUGAUGAGGAACAGCAAGACAUCAAGAUGACGGAGGGAGACUCGAAGGAGAUGUUCCUUGAGAUGGACGCUUGGUUGUCCAAUCUGACAGAUUUUAUGAGCGCCACCGCUACCGUCGAGGAGAUCACCGAGAAACCGAGCUUGAUGCAGAUGAUCAGCAAACAGAUACGGUUCAUGGAGAACGCGAAGAAGAUCAGAACAGAGCAGCUGUUACUAGCGACCGCUCAGCUAUGCCACAUGGACACAGGGCUGGCGGAGCGCGUCUGGUUGGACAUGUUCCCACGAAUAUGGUCUAUCUUGGAGGAGCCUCACCUCCAUUCCAUCACGGUGGAAAUAGCGCCAUUCAUCUCUAGCGGUGCGCAUGUUCCGCAGAAGGAGUGCUAUCCGAGCGCGCUUGGCACAUUCCUCGAAUCACUUGCGCACUGCAAUCCACCGGUGGCCAUACCUCCGUCUGUGAUGAAGUACCUGGGCAGGUCGCACAAUGUUUGGCACCGGAUAACGCUAAGUUUAGAGCAGAUGGGCGCCGAGAUGGCGGCGGACGGUAACGGUGGUAAUGCGAAGACUCGAGGCGAGUCUGAGUUGUUUUACUUGCCCGAAGAGAACGAUCAGAUAGAGUGCGUCAAUCCCUAUUACGAGGUGAUGCACAUGCUUUCAGAAAUGUAUUCGUUGCUCUGUGAAGAAGACAUGUGGUCGGGCCUAUGGCAGAAGAGACCUGCGCAUUACAAGGAGACCUUGCAUGCGAUUGCACUGGAGCAGCAAGGAUUUUUCGAGCAGGCACAAGGUGCGUACGAAGUAUGCUUGACUAAGUUUCGACAGGACUACCCGUCUGGCCCGGCACCUUACCACCUCAAUGUGGAAAUGCUUCUCUGGGAAAAACAUUGGGAGCGCACUCUAAAAGAGCAGAAUCAGUGGGACACUCUGUUGGAGCUGGGCGGCAACCAUAACUACAACAAUCCCUUCCUCGUCCUAGACAGUGCCUGGCGUAUUCCCAAUUGGUCGGCGAUGAAGGAGAUCCUCGCUCAGUUAGAGCACAAUUGUCCACGGGAAUUAGCCUGGAAGAUGAACUUGUACCGUGGAUUUGUAACGUUAUGCAGCAACGAAGAUCAACACCUGAGUACUGUCGAGCGUUACGUCGAACUUGCGUCAGGUGCGUGCAUGCGUGAAUGGCGGAGACUGCCGCGCAUCGUUAGUCACGUCCAUCAACCGUUGCUACAAGCGGCCCAACAGAUAAUGGAGCUUCAGGAGGCAACGCAAAUCCAUCAGGGACUAUUACAUGGCAGAAGUAAUUCGUUACACGACAUGAAGGCUAUUGUAAAAACUUGGCGCAAUCGUUUGCCCGUAAUCGCCGACGAUCUCAGUCAUUGGUCGGAUAUUUUCACGUGGCGACAGCAUCACUAUACGUUCAUCUCGAAUCACUAUGAUUCCCAACAAGAUCCGACACUCACCAAUCACUCGUUGCUUGGUAUUCACGCCUCCAUGCAAGCAAUUAUUCACUUCGGCAAGAUUGCGAGAAAGCAGAAUCUCUGUGGCGUUUGCCUUGACUCUCUAGCCAAGAUUUAUAACAUUCCCACGAGCGUACCUAUGGUCGAUUGCUUUCAGAAAAUCAGACAACAGGUAAAGUGCUAUUUACAGAUGGCCACUAUGGGAGGACAGAACGAAUUGCAAGAAGGUUUAGACGUACUAGAAUCGACCAACAUGGGUUACUUCACAAAGGAAAUGAUAGCAGAGUUCUGCGCACUGAAGGGCAUGCUUCAGUCACAAUUGGGCCGCUCAGACGAGGCCAACAAGAGCUUUUCUGCUGCGACUCAGUUGCAUGACACUCUUGUCAAAGCUUGGUCACUCUGGGGCGAUUACCUCGAAAGUAUCUUUACACGCGACGGACACACCCGCCAGAUGAACAUUGGUGUAAGCGCUCUUGUGUGUUUCCUACAUGCCUGUAGGCAUCAAAAUGAAUCUAAAUCCAGGAAGUACAUUGCUAAAAUUUUAUGGCUGCUUACCUACGAUGACGAAAAGUCACUACUCAUGGAGACCUUGGACAAGUAUGCCGUAGGUGUACCACCCAUUCAGUGGCUACCCUGGGUACCACAGUUGCUGAUGUAUCUGGUGCGCUACGAUGGCAGUGUAAUCCUGAACUUGCUGAGUCAAGUUGGUAGAAUGUUCCCACAAGCAGUGUAUUUCUCUAUACGUACUCUUUAUCUGACGUUGAAAAUAGAACAAAGGGAGAAUUGGGAGAGAUACAAGAGUGGCGAAUUGGUAGCUAGUAAAGAUGGUGUAGAAGAUCGAGGUUCUACCACAGCUGGCAAUGUACAGCCGCAACAGGGAAUACCGGAAACAGGUCAUACGGUACGUGCUACAGCGCCCAUGUGGAGAUGCUCGAAGAUCAUGCAUAUGCAGAGAGACAUCCAUCCAACUAUUUUAUCCAGUUUGGAGGGUAUAGUCGAUCAGAUGGUGUGGUUCCGUGAGACAUGGUAUGAAGAAGUUUUAAGACAACUGAGACAAGGUCUUGCAAAGUGUUACGCAAUAGCGUUCGAGAAUCGCGGUGCAGUCAGCGAAGCUACAAUAACUCCUCACACAUUAAAUUUUGUGAAGAAACUUGUUUCGACCUUUGGUAUUGGCAUUGAGAAUAUAUCAUCUUCGCAAAACAUGAGCAGCUCGUUUAGUUCGGCGGCAUCGGAGUCUUUGGCUCGUAGAGCACAAGCUACUGUACAGGAUCCUGUUUUCCAGAAAAUGAAGGGCCAAUUCACUAGUGAUUUUGAUUUUACUGUACCUGGAGCUAGAUUGCUACACAAUCUCAUCAGUAAAUUGAAGAAAUGGAUAAAAAUUCUCGAAGAGAAAACAAAACAACUGCCAAAAUCUUUCUUAAUCGAGGAAAAAUGUCGCUUUUUGAGCAACUUUAGCUUAAAAACCGCGGAAGUCGAGCUGCCCGGUGAAUUUCUAAUACCUAGGCACUCGCAUUAUUCUGUCAAGAUAGCGAGAUUUGUACCGCGCGUUGAGGUGGUUCAACGACACAACACGGCCGCUAGGAGAUUACGCAUUCGCGGCCAUAAUGGUCGCCUCUAUCCCUAUUUAGUGGUCAACGACGCCGGUCUGGGAGACGCCAGACGUGAGGAACGUCUGUUACAACUGUUACGCAUGUUGAACCACUAUCUGACGAAGCAGAAGGAAACGUCACGACGUUUCUUGCACUUCACAGUGCCACGACUCGUCGCGGUUUCACCGCAGAUGAGACUCGUGGAGGACAACCCGGCAGCAAUUUCCCUGUUGGACAUUUAUAAGCAGGGCUGCGCCAAGCUGGGAACGGAACGCGACGCACCUAUUGCCAGAUAUUAUGAGAAACUGGCUGCCGUACAAGCACGGGGCGCGCAAGCCAGUCAUCAAGUGCUGCGGGAUAUUCUCAAGGAAGUACAGACCACAAUGGUCUCCAAAACUAUGCUCAAAGAUUGGGCAAUGAAGACAUUCCCCGGCGCCACUGACUAUUGGACAUUUAGAAAAAUAUUCACCUUACAGCUAUCUCUGACAUGCUUUGCCGAAUACGUGCUUCAUCUUACGCGACUCAACCCCGACAUGAUGUACGUGCAUCAGGAUUCCGGUCUAAUCAACAUCGCGUAUUUCAAAUUCGACAUCGACGACAUCUCCGGAGAGUUGGACGCGAAGAGACCGGUGCCUUUCCGCCUAACGCCCAAUAUCUUCGAAUUUCUCACAACUAUAGGAGUUUGCGGACCACUGACCGCUAGUGCAAUCGCCACGGCACGCUGUUUGGUUCAGCCCACGUUCCAGCUGCACGCUAUACUUCGCGCAAUUCUGCGGGACGAGGUGAUCGCGGAUCAUAAACGGCAGGAAGAUGCCGAGGGCAAGUCGCAAGCGCCAACCGAUUUGAAGGGCGAGCUUCUGAUAAAGAUGGUGAACCAUGCGGUUAAUACGAUCGUCGGUAGACUGAAUUCUCUCGCGAAUUUCGACGGCAUUGAUAGUAAGGUCAGCACACUGGUGGCCGCUGCCAAUAGCCAUGAUAAUCUCUGCAGAAUGGAUCCCUCGUGGCACCCGUGGCUCUAAAACACGGAACAUUUAGCCUAACCGUUUGCGUUAUCAAUGAACGAGAGAGAAGAAUCGAAAUUGUUACGUUAUUUAUUCAGUUCUCUUGCCCAUAUAUGUUCUUAUGUUUUAUAACACUAACACUGGCUCUGAAAUUCAGAAAGCUGUCGAGACAUGAAAGAUGAUAAGGAUAAGUUAGAGGAUAGAAAAGUAUUAUUUAUAGUUUAUACAUAUAUUUAUAUAUUUAUGAUGUAUUAUAUAUCAAUAUAUGUAUAUUGAUAGACUAUGUGCAUACACAUUAGUGGAAUUUUGUACAGCGUAAAUCCAAACUUUGUAAACUGCGGAUUUCACUCUAUUCUCUGACUCUAUGUACAUUUAUUGCAUUGCUUACAAACUCAUUUUCACUAUAUACAUAUAAACAUACUAUUUACAUAGCGCUUUGAUGUAACGUAAAGCUCUAGUUUUUAUUUAUUAAGAAAACUAGAUUUUAAAAAACUUGUGUAGAUAAUUUGUAAGAACAGUUUUCGCUAAGAAGCGGAAUAUAGGUCUGACAUAUAAAGUUCUUACUUAUUAUAAAUAACAUGGACAUUUGGAAACUAUAUGCAAAUUAUGUGAAAAUAUGUAUGAAAUAAUAAGGUUCUUUAAAAAAAAAGAUGUUUUGCUGUUUCCAACGUAUCUAGUUUUCACGAUAAAACGCUUUUCGUAUGUGAAAAGUAAAAAUUGAUUGUUUUUCAAGAAAAUUCUGCUAGUAAGCACCUUUGUGUAUAAAUACUAGAGUUCUCUCCCCAAUUGCAUACAAAUUCAAUAGGUUGAAUUUAUAUAUAAAUUAAUAUGUACUCUUGAUGAUCACGUAAUAAUCUUUAUUUAUAAAAAUACUUGUGUAAAUUUUAGCUCUUUAAACGCAGACGUACUACAUUACUUAUCAUGUUUUUAAAUGAUCAUAUUUAGAUACCUUAUCUAUGAUUUACUAUAUUUUCUAAUUUUAGCACACUUGGUAAGUUCGACAUUUGUUUUAUACAUACUUUAACAACUAGGCGUCAUAGAUGAGGGGAGUCCAUGGAAAAAAAAUAUUUAAAAAAUCGUGAUAACUUUGAUUUUUGACACAAUUUUUAAGUAGAACUUAUAAAUUAUAAAUUUUUAUUUCUUUAAGUGCUAUUGAACUGUAAAUUUAUUAAAUCUUCUAAAAAUAUUCUCAAAGUGACUGUAUCACCUUCAGAUAUUUCGUCCUAACUCGUUGUAGCAAGGACAUAGAUAUUGAGAACAUAAUUUUAACAAAUGUCACGAGCAUGAUAUUUUGUGCGAUAAGUAUUAAUUUUAUCAAUACUUAUCAUACAAGUAUGAUUGACUCAACAAUUAUUGAACAUCAUUAUUUAUUUCCGUUUAUUAUGAUUAACCUAUAAAUCAUAGCGGAAAGGAUUGCCCAACGACAAUCUUCUUUUAUAAACUGUUAAAAUAUUACAGGCGCUCAGUACAAGUACUCUAAUUAUCAUUGUCAGUUGUCCUGCUAAUAUAGCAGUACAAGAGUGCAAUAAGAAUUCGGAGAAUAAUAUUUGUACAUUAUAUGAAUUUUGUAUAUAUAAAAUUGAUGUACUUGUGUUCGUCAAUACCAUA